AUGUUAACUUCCAUUCAAGCCACAUUCAAAUCCCUUCCUAACAAAUCUAUCCGAGUAAGCAAAAACUGCUCUGUUUUGCCAAACUUUACCCAACAUAAAUUGUAUAAUUACUCUACAAGUAGCUUUGAUCCUUUUGAAGGAAAAACCGAAGGAUUAAACAAGAUUGAUUUUAUUGAUGUGUUGCCAUCACAAGUUACAUCAUCUAAUAGAACACUUCUUCCUCAAGAUAUGAUAGCAGUGAAUGAACAAAAUGUUGGUGACUCAUAUUAUAAACAAAAUAUUAGACAAAAUGCCUUGUUGUGGAGAAAAAACAUCAAGAAAUUGAGAAGGGUUGACCUCGGACCAAUCGGAUCGGCCACCUUUGAGAAUUAUGACAUUAAUUGGAUUCAAUGUCAUGAAAUGGUUCUAGUUGAAAAGGGAUUAAAUAGUCAAUUUGUGGACGAAGGUAAAGCUUAUGAUCCACUCAUUCCAAAAGGAAAGGAUAUUACUAUUACAUUUAUGUUUGAAAUUGAAAAUGAAGUUAUUAGAAGAGCCACCCUUAAAAAGUUUGGUGAUAUUGAAAAUAAUUUCAAAAUUCAAGUUUGUAAAAAGGCAACUGGUGAAAUAAUUUAUACAAAUUCUUGUGUUCCAACUGAAGAGGGAAGAACUACAAAUUCUGGAAUGACAUCUGCUGUUCACUUUUUUACAGUUCCUUUCUCACAAGAGCAAAUUGACUUUUUGAGAAAUAAUACAGAUUCUAUUCGGAUGAAGUUAACUGUUGAUGAUGAAAGAUAUCCUCAUACUACUGUACUCAGUCCAGCACUUGUAACGGAAUUGCUUAAAGAAUUUGAUUAA